GUUCUGUUUUCAUGCCUGUGUGAGAGACUCGAACGGUCGCGUAGUUUUGCGCAAAAUAAUGUUUCGACUUUGGACCAAAAGCUCAACAUGGAGUUUAGCGACCGUUUUCAACACGCGUAUGUCUGAUUUGUAUCCGUCAAGAGAAUGUAGCGACCAUUCGAGGAUCGCGGGCAAAUUCAUUUCUUAGUUUCAUACAGACUUCGCCAAGUACGAACGAGCUAACUGGCUAAUUCAUUGCGCAUCACCGUGAGAGUUUAGCCGCGGAGGCUAGCAGCGCGCGUUCAUGUCUUGCGAGUAGUUGGUUGUAAUAUAGUUGUUUGAGUCAAACAUAAUGGUAUGGGUCAAAGGGAUAUCACAUCGUUCGAGACGUCCAUGAAAAGAAAAGACGGGAUUCCCUCAAUCUCUAUGUGUAGACUGGAUGAGAAGGAAGUUGAGCCUGGUGGAGGAGAUGAUGCCCUUUCCUCGUCAAGGUACAUGUUGGGCCGAGGGGUGAAACGAAAGCUGAGUGCAUGUGAGGACACUGCCCAGGACUUGCCAUAUCCUCAACAGAGGCAGCUGGUGCUGGACUUGUGUCUGGACAAGCUACAAAGCUGCCAGUGCCGGGCUGAACCCAGCCUGCACCGUUCGGUCCUUCUGGCCAACACCCUCCGCCAGAUUCAGCAAGAGAUGAGACAGGAGGGGGAAACCUGUUUGCCACCAGUCCCACCCGCCCCCUCGCUUCAUGCCUCCACCCCACGCCACUUUCCCAACCUGCCGCCCGUGCCCUUAGACUGUCCUCAAUCUCUAACCGGAGCACUGUCCCCUUUAUUUACCUUCAAAACAGCAGAGGAUGAGGAGGUCCAGUUGGGUGGUAACGAAAAUGAUUCACUUUUUCCAUCCCUCGCAGGUGAGGAGUACACAAGGUCGCCAGAUUCGCUUUUUGGCUCGUUUGAGAUGACAAAUUCCACCAGCUACUUGACCGACUUGCCACUAGACGACAUCUUUGAAGACAUCGAUACGUCGAUGUAUGACUCUGAUGUUUCUGUUCUGGCGUUUCCUGCACAGAGAAGUGGUGGAGUGGACGAUGGCCUCAAGAGCCUUUUCAGCUGCACCUCCAACAGCAGCCUACAGCUCUGUCUCUCAGACCUCAAUGACCUGGACCACAUUAUGGAGAUCCUGGUGCGCUCCUGAAAUGCUUGCCCAACAGGGUCCUCUUUCAGACAGCCAUCCCAAUGUUUUCUGUGGGGAAUUAAUUAUACAAUGUGUUUUUUUUUUUUAAACAAUUAUUUUAUCUAUUUUUAUACAAAGGACUGAUAUAUUUAUAUAAAAAAGGAAACUGCCUGACACACGCUCACUGUAGGAUAAAUGCACAUUUUUAAGACUUUUCAGAUGGUCAAGCUUACGCUGCCAUCAUUCAUAUUUAAGCAAACUAAGAUAUUAAUAUGCAGGGACUUCAGAAACAAAGUAUUACUAUUGACGCUUAUUUAUAUUGGAUAGAGACUCCAGAAUUCUAUUAAAAGGAGGAGAUUGAAGAAAAGUUAAUCGUGAUGGACGCUUUGUAGCUUUUGAUCAGAUAAAGGACAUUUAUUUUUUGUGAACUAAUCUACACUGUAUUCUGAAGAAUUACAUUUACUGUCAGUAAUUAUGAUUAUCUGAUCAUGUCAUGCACAUGCAACACUCGCACUACCUCUCAAGAUACCAAUAGCCUUUUUCUCAAUACUAAGUCGUUGUUACAACUGUUUUAAUUUAAUGGUUUCUCUCCAGUGACUUUCAAAAACUGGUGAUUGGUUUAUAUACUAUGACUCUCUGUUCAUUGGAGAGCAUCUUCUAGAAUGGUAGGAUUCAGUCCAAAGCUAUAGCUGUAGAAGUCGCAAAUGGCAAAAAUGUCUCUAUCUUUGUAUUUAGAACUUUUCUGGCAUUUUUCUUUUCAAAUGUUUUUGAAUAUUUUUCUUUCAGAAAGAAUGAGCUAUGUGGCUUGCAACAAAAGUGAUAUAGCUAUAUUUUGUAUUCACUUUCUACUUUUCAUGUACAUGAUUGUCAGACAGCCACCGUCAAAUUCCUCAAAUGAACUCAGUGCCUACAAAGGAGAAUGAAGACUGUCCACGAUAAACUGCACAAUGUGGACCCGCAUACUUUCUGUGUAGAUUGUUUGCAACUUUUUGAGUGUUUGGCAUGAUCCUCUGUCCUCUAAAGAAGCCAUUACUCAAAUGUGGGUCCACAUCUCCUCCCUACUGUCCUUUAUAAUCGGGAUCUACACUGCAAAAAGUUGAUCAUGGAUGUCUGUGACUGCCUCUUGUGCUGUGGUCUUAAGACCCAUUUCUGAAUGUCCAAUCGUAAACCCUUAGCUUUGGUAAUUAAUCCAAAUUGAUGUCUCAUCUGCUUUCGCUUUCCCUUAAGUUAUUAGUUAUAUGCAAAAUGGCAUUUGUGAGAUGGUAGACCAUGUUAACUGUAUGUCUAAUACAUCUUUUUAACAUGCAUUGAACAUCAAGACUGAGGCUAAGUGGCUGCAGAAAAUCAAAUAAAUGCAGAGAGAGUUCUUAGCCACAAGCUGUAGUCUGCAUUAAGACAGGGCAGGGACAGGGGGAAGGGAAGGACAAGAGAUUAAGGGAGGGGGAGUUAAAGCAAACUGCUCCUGUCACGUGGAGAUCCUUGCUAGUGGUAAAGGCUACGAUUGAGAGUUUGACAACAGCUGGUAUGUGUAUGGUUGUACUGGGAACAGGGUUCACCUCCAAUGAGGCCCCAUUCUCCUCUUAACCAAUCACUUUUAGUUAAGGGAGGAGCUUUGUUCUAUGUCUAGUUUAUGUGGAAUAGAAUAAUAAAAGGAAGCAGUUCAAAUUGGUCUGUUCACUCAUGGUGGAAUGUCUUCCCUGCGAUCUUAUACUUAAGGUCAAACUUAACCAUUGAAUCAUGGUAUGAAUUUGAGUUAAAUUUAGAUAUUCCAAAUAAAUUAAAUUAUAUAUUGUAAAGCUGUGCAACUUUACAUUUUAAAUGCUGUGCUUUCUGCACUUUCUGACGUUGUCAGUAUAAACUGACUUUACUCUUUAAACUAGAGAACAAAUGCUCCACCCUGCCUUUCCCUCACAAGACAUGCAUAGCCACAGAGAAAACAAGACACUCACAAAGUUUAAGGUCAGAUUUUAGAAAACAUGCUUGUGCAUGAGAUAGAUGGCAGUCAAAGAAAAAGUAAACCAGAGAGACUCUUUGGUGACAUCGUCGGCAUAUCAGCAGUGAUCUAUGUUUAGAGUGUGUAGCUUUCUAAGCUUUGGAAGCUUGAUCAGUUUGUUUUUCUUUUGUGUGUGUGUGUAUUUGUAUUUAUAUAUUUUCUUGUGUUUUGACUGAAGAUCGUGAUAAUAUAUUGCUUUUAUUUAAGAGUGAAUAUGAUCAGUAAACUUUAGUCUUUGGGAGGUUUUAUUUGUUUUGAAGUGUGAUUUGUACUUCUCUUAGUAAUAAUAAUAAAAUUGUAAAUAAAUGAUGCAGAAUAA